AAAACCCACUUCAAUUAUUAUUACUCGAAAACAACUAGUUUUUCCUCCCAAUCUUCGGGCUGAAAUCACAAGACAGUGGGCAGGGCUCAUCACUAAAAAGUGGGCAGAAAUAUGCAAAAUCCCUACUAUACCCCCCAACUCAUGAGUGAUUAGACUCAUUACAUUGGCACCACCUAAUUCACAAGGACAAAUCAGUAAUUCAAAACCAGAAACCAUUUGCUUCAGCCUCCGGUUUUUCAAUCGCUAGUUUCCAAUUUCGUCAUCACAGCAUGCUAUGCGUGUGUAUGUAUAACUAUAUAUAUAUAUUCUCAGUUCCUCUCAUCUCAUUCAUCAAAACACAAACUUUAGUACAAUCAAAAUACUAUAUUGAAGUCUUCAAAUUGUAUACUGAAGGAUCAAGAAAGAUGAGUUCAACGAGCAGAGCUUGGAUGGUGGCAGCUAGCAUUGCGGCGGUGGAGGCAUUGAAAGAUCAGGGAUUCUGUAGGUGGAACUACACGAUAAGAACCAUACACCAGCACGCCAAGACCAAUCUCAGGUCAUUCUCACAGGCCAAGAAGCUUUCUUCGUCAUCUUCCACCGUGAUUUCGAGCAGAGUGAGAGACCAGAAAGCAAAGCAGUCGGAGGAGUCACUCAGAAAUAUCAUGUACUUGAGCUGUUGGGGUCCCAAUUGAUGAAAGAAGAAUAAUUUUUUUUUUUUGUUGUAAAAUGUAAAUA